AAGGAAAAGCCCAAACCCCACCAGCAAGCUCUGCCAUUAAAGCUAAUCAAAAUCCGUUCUCUCCACUAGCUUUACAGAAUCGCAUUCCGUAAAUCUCUUUGUUAUAUUUGAUUUCUGUUUCCCUCUGGGUCUCAGCUCUCAAGUCUAUUCUUUUUUCGCAGAGAGAAAUUGUGUUUUUAGUGUUCAAUCAUGCCUGUUGUUGCAGAGGGCUCAACAGUGGCAGAGCACAUUAGAUUGAGAAGACCCAGAAGCCAACCCAUCCCAGACACAGAUCCAAACCCACAAAUUCCUUCUAUAAUUCAAUCUACUCGUUGCAAAUCCUCUAUUUCUUCUCUGCUUUUGUCAACAUUCUCCAACACCAACGCCAACACCAAUGAGGGCAGCAAUAACACUAGUGGUGGUAGGAAGAAGAACUUCGCAUCUGCCAAGUUCAGGGGACUGGGCUGCGCGGCGUCGUCGCAGGUGUCGGUGCCGGCGGUGAUACGGACGUCGGCAGAUUGGCAGGCGAAGAAGGUGAGGAAGAAGAAGCAGAGGAGUUUGCAGCAGCAGCAGAAGAAGAGCGGCAACAAGGGGGUGAAUGCGGUGGCGCCGAACCCACCUGCGGCUUCUGUUGAGUGCGUUGUUCCUGAUGUUUGGUGCGCUCCUGGAAUUGGGUUCUCUGCGGAUGCUGCGUCUGUUGACUGUGUUGUAGCCAGAAGGCCUGCUUCAGGAAGAGGGAAAGUUGAUGGAGACAAGAUCAACCAGAGGGAGCGAGCUUCUUGCCCUACAAGGCGAGCAACAAACUCUGAGCACAUCUCUUUUCAUGAUUCUGACCCUACCAUUGGAAUGAUGCGCCCGGGAUCAGAUGUGUUUGGGCCUAGAUAUUACCGUCAUGUUCGACAUCGCUCACCUGAAGGGCUUGCAGAGAUUGUGUUGUUUGAAAGCAACUUCUUGAUGGGAGGAAGAUCAAAUGGACAUGACCGAUACAGGGACUGGAGACUAGAUGUUGACAAUAUGUCAUAUGAGGAACUGCUUGAGCUUGGUGAUCGAAUCGGGUAUGUGAGUACAGGACUGCAAGAAGAUGAGAUUGGUCGCUGCCUCAGGAAAAGCAAACUCUCAAUUUUGGACGAAUUGUCAGCACACUUACCUACAGAAUUGGAUUGGAAGUGUAGCAUUUGUCAGGAGGAAUAUGAAGCAGAUGAUGAGAUGGGAAAGCUGGAGUGCGGACACGGCUAUCACAUAGACUGCAUAAAGCAAUGGCUGGGGCAGAAAAAUAGUUGCCCUGUCUGCAAGGCUACAGCAGCUGCCCAAUGCUAAUUGCUAAGCUAAGACUCCCCUCUGGUUUCUGGGUUCACCUCCACUUUGUGUAUAGAUAACAACUUUAAGUAUAAGCAAGAGAAUUCAUUCUUUGGUGUGAAGCUUCCUCUUCUUUAUUCUUUUCCCUUUUUCUGCUGCUUUGAAAUGAUGAGCAUUUUGUGGGUGCCAGUUCCAUGUGAUUGCCUAAAUUUAUGGUUCUGGAAAUGAACGAGGAUGAUUACAAUCAUUUACAAUUUUUUUUUACUAUUAAAUAACAUUACUUUGCAUAU